AUGGAUAGUGUCCCAUCCCUCAGGCUUGUCACCUGCACYACUCAGCUUGAUGUCAUUGGCAAAYUUGCUGAGACUUCAUUCGAUCCCACUGUUGGUGUCAUUGAUAAAGAUAUUAAACAGUACUGGUCCCAGUGCAGACCUCUGAURGACCAUAAAAUCAAACAAGGUCUCCUUCCUAGCUUAGAAGAUCUACUUUUCUAUACUAUUGCAGAAGGACAAGAAAAAAUACCAGUUCAUAAAUUCAUAACUGCACUCAAAUCUACGGGAUUACGCACUUCUGAUCCUCGAUUGAAAGAGUGCAUGGAUAUGCUAAGACUGACUCUUCAGACAACUUCAGAUGGUGUUAUGCUGGACAAAGACCUUUUUAAAAAGUGUGUACARAGUAAUAUUGUGUUGCUUACUCAAGCUUUCAGAAGGAAGUUUGUCAUUCCAGAUUUUAUGUCGUUUACUUCCCAUAUUGAUGAGCUGUAUGAAAGUGCUAAAAAACAAUCUGGAGGAAAGGUUGCUGACUAUAUUCCACAACUGGCCAAGUUCAGCCCUGAUUUGUGGGGGGUGUCACUUUGCACCGUGGAUGGACAGAGGCAUUCUGUGGGUGAUACCAAAGUUCCAUUUUGUCUCCAGUCCUGCGUAAAGCCUUUGAAAUACGCGAUUGCUGUCAAUGAUCUUGGCACAGAGUAUGUGCACAGAUAUGUUGGUAAAGAGCCUAGUGGAUUAAGGUUCAACAAAUUGUUCCUGAAUGAAGAUGACAGGCCUCAUAACCCUAUGGUGAAUGCUGGAGCAAUUGUGAUCACAUCUUUAAUCAAGCAAGGAGCAAAUAACGCAGAAAAAUUUGACUACGUGAUGCAGUUCAUGAAUAAAAUGGCUGGUAAUGAGUAUGUUGGAUUCAGUAAUGCUACAUUCCAGUCUGAAAGAGAGAGUGGAGAUAGAAACUUUGCAAUUGGCUAUUACUUGAAAGAAAAAAAGUGCUUUCCUGAAGGCACGGAUAUGGUUGCUAUACUAGACUUCUAUUUUCAGCUUUGCUCAAUAGAAGUAACAUGUGAGUCAGCAAGUGUGAUGGCAGCAACUCUGGCUAAUGGUGGCUUUUGCCCAAUCACUGGUGAAAGAGUCCUGAGUCCUGAAGCAGUCCGGAAUACCCUGAGUUUGAUGCAUUCCUGUGGCAUGUAUGACUUUUCAGGGCAGUUUGCCUUCCAUGUUGGUCUUCCUGCAAAAUCUGGAGUUGCUGGUGGGAUUCUUCUGGUUGUUCCUAAUGUCAUGGGCUUGAUGUGCUGGUCACCUCCUUUGGACAAGAUGGGCAACAGUGUUAAAGGAAUUCACUUUUGUCAUGAUCUGGUUUCUUUGUGCAAUUUCCAUAACUACGAUAAUUUGAGACACUUUGCAAAAAAGCUUGAUCCUCGCAGAGAAGGUGGUGAUCAGCGGGUGAAGUCUGUGAUCAAUCUGCUGUUUGCUGCCUACACAGGGGACGUGUCUGCACUCCGGAGGUUUGCUCUGUCAGGAAUGGAUAUGGAGCAAAGAGACUACGACUCACGGACAGCACUGCAUGUGGCAGCCGCAGAAGGACAUGUGGACGUUGUUAAGUUUCUGCUGGAAGCGUGCAAAGUGAAUCCUUUCCCCAAAGACAGGUGGAAUAACACUCCCAUGGAYGAAGCUUUACAUUUCGGACACCAUGAUGUUUUUAAAAUUCUUCAAGAAUAUCAGGUCCAAUACACGCCAUCAGAGGAUAACAACAAUGGGAAGGAGAACCGAACGGUUCAUAAAAAUCUGGAUGGCUUACUAUAAUCAUCUUCAGCUAGAUCCUAAGAAUCAAAUCACUUACCUAUUUAAUUGUGGUAUGCAUAAGUAAUGAAGAGCGUGUGUGUUUCUAUCUGAUAGUGGUAUAUAUUUUACAGAAGUCUCUGUUACUUCAGUGUUACGUUACAGGAGUUUCUAUACGCACAGGACAAAUCCAAUCUCUUCAAAAGAAACAAAACCAACUAAGAAUCUCCCUCCAUAAUGUGAGCAAUAUUACCUCAUGCUGCAUAUAAUUGAUGUAUAAAAAUAUUUAGCUGUUGUUGGCUUUACUGUGCACUACUUAAUUUAUUUUUUGUGUUCUAUGUGAACUCUAGUCUGUGGUCAGGAACUUUUCUGCUGAAUUUUUGUUUCUUUAGCCCUCUGUUUCCAGUAUGGCCASGAUGAGCCAGAGUACUGUCAGGUAUGAGCGUCGGUGAGGUUUUUUGAAAGCUGAGGAUGCUGAUGUAGAUUUAGGCUGGGUGUGUUUAGUAAGGAUCUGCACUUAUCUUUGGGAAAAAAAACAGAAUAAAAGAAUUCCACACAACCUUGUUUACAUAAUAUAAAUAUCACAGAGUAUAUAGGUGACAGUUGUCAAUCGUCUAGGCUUGUUCUUAGAGAUAGUCUUGUCAGGGAAUGUGUUUCAAGGUUUGUUUGACCAAAUGGCGUAGGGGAAUGUGAUUUGUAGCACCGGUGUGUAGUGGGAUUUUUGUUUUGGGAGUGUUUUCUCUCAGCUCCCUUUUGUCUUGCCUCCCUCCUCUCUCUCCAUGUUCAGCUGCUAAAGUAUUUCCCUGUGGCCGGGGAAAGCGGGUGCUUCCACUCCGUGCAGGUGUUCCUUGCAGGUUUAUUUGCACUACAGCAGAGCCCCUGGAGGGGCUGGCAGGUGCUGUCCCCUGGCUGCUCCAGGAGCCAGCGAGGACAACGCAAGUGCUUGACAGAAAAAGAACCAAACCAAAUCCUAAUGUCAGUCUGAACUCAUGUAGGCUUGUGGUAAGGAGCACGGACGGAGUGAAACAGCUUUAAGGAGCAUAGAGCCAAUCAGAACAGGAGCAGAGCAGGAGAUAAGCCAGGGUUUUGGGUGUGUUCUCUUCUUGCACUGCCAUUGACCAGGGAGCAGGUUCUUGCAUCACUGGGAUUCCCCUGGUGUGGRACGGGAGUUCAGCACCAGGAGCACAAGUCAGUAAAUGCCUUUUGUGGGGAACGGUGGCGUUCGUUGUCUGGCUGCUGAAGCCAGUGUGGCAYGUGCCCUGUCCUGGAAAAUGUAGAUGCAGGUGUUUGUAGUUCACAGAAAGCUGAYACUGCCAUAGCUCCCUGCCCCAUGUGCAAUUGCUUCUGCCAGUACUGUGGCAUAAAACCUCAGCAGUGAGCAGUCACUUCUGAUACUCACAGAACACUACASGUGUUGGACGUAGGCAAGAAUGCUAGCACAAGAGUUUUAGGCGAGAAUCAUUUAACACGUGGAAAAGGAGAUUGAGCUUGAGAAUUGUGUAUAUGGUGGUUUUUAUCCUAGCACGUAGUGUACAAGUCAUUAGUAGAUCUCAGAGUUCAAAUUUUCUGUGUUUUGGCACCAAAAUCCUCCUGAAAUAAUGCCCCAACUCUUUCUAGAAUGGCCCAAGCACUUUAUAAAGAUGAUCUGAACCACAUUAUCCUCCUCUAGCAAUGAGUACGCCAAGGCUUGGAGAGAAGUAACUUCUCCAGGGCGACCCAGCAGGUCAGUGUAGUUGAGAAUAAAUCCUUUCAAGUUCCUGUACAGUCUCUCGUGGAAAUGCCAUACUGCCUCCCUGCAGGGAGGGCAAACCGCAUGGAAAAGUGCUUGGUACUCAUCACAAGCAGUGACUGUCUUCAUGAUGAUAACACCUUGAAAGAGUCUGAAAGUCUAAAGCCCCCAAAUAGCAUCUCGAAGCUGGCUGGCAUGGUUAUCAAACACUUUUUCUCUUAYUGUUCUUAAGCUGGUUGGGUUUGUUUUUUGGKUUUUUUUUGUUCUUCUGAAGAUCAGCUAUUUUUCUGAAGGCUUUUAACCYGUUCUCUUCACAUCCUGUGUCACGGCCACCCCUGUUCUAACCAAGAACUGAACAAAAUGGUCUCUGGCUCUUUGCUGAGCCACAUCAGUCAYUGGGUAGCACAAGGCCUCUUGUCUGCUGCACUCUGAUCUAAAUUCCAACAUGCUCUCUCUGGCAAUGGAUUUAUCAGCCUCAGUGUAAAGGAAUAUUUUCMGAUGGAUUCUAGUUUAGAAUUGUGAAUUUCAGUGCUAAUGUUCCAUGUUUUCCCCCUAUUACAAUACAUCCUUCAGCUUCUCAGAAAAAUACCUGGUUUAGCUUUAUUUAACUGACAUUGCAUUGUUCAAACUGGCAUUUUGAAACRUAGGUAUAUUAUAUAGUACACAUAUAUAAACAAACCAAAACCAAAAGAAGGAUUUUAACUGAGCUAACAUUGAAGAUCAUAGCUAUACCUGAACUUAAUGCUUUCAUACCRAGUGCUUUUAGCCGGUCUUAGCUUCAGUGCAUUUUUGCUGGUUAGUUAUAGUAUUUUCUCAUUGUGAGAAGAUGGAUUAUUUUGUAAYGUCCAAUUCAGCGAUGCAGCUACUUAGACAUGGCGUUAUUUAUAAAUAUAAAUAUAUGCAGUACAUUGGUUUGGCUGUUUAUCAUUGAUGACACUGACACAUAGAUUUUACAGUAAAUAGCUUUUGGUUAUCUUAUCCAACGCUGACUUCCUUACGCUCCAAAGAGGAUUCCCCCACUCCUUUGUUUUUAUGUCAUAUAUGUUUCUUCUGUAUCACAACCUAAAAUCAUUCAGCUAACUUAAUGCUUUGUACUCAGAAAUAUUGUGGUAGUCUUAGCAUUAAUUAGCCUAUCUUUGUGAACAAACUGUAUUGUACCAGAUUUUUUUUUUUUUUUUUUGCUUCAGAGCUGGACUAUCCGUGACUAUACUUACUGGCAGUGUACUUCUGGUCAUUGUAACUGACUGGGCUGAUCUUGACUUUUAGAUUCUGUAUUGUGGGGACUAGACAGUGAUGAAUGUAUUUCUAGCAGUUUCCCAUGAAUGAAUCUAAACUUGAGCUGUACUGGUUCUGAAAAUGAAAGUUAUUUAUUUUAAGAAAUAAAAUCCAGAUAGUGUUGCUUUUUACAGCAUAAUAAAUGGAAAUA